AUGCUGAAACCAAGUGGACUUAAAAUCCCAGGGAGAGGAGCGAAGCACUCCAGUCCGGUCGGCAGGUCUUCUGCAGGAGCAAGUGUUACAGGUGGCACCAGCUCCAAGGAAGGUAAUUUUUUUAAAGUAAUGUCUAAAAAUAUGCCCCUUACUUGAGCUAAAUGGCGUUGCAAUGAGCAUAAGUCAACAUGUUGAACCCGUAUAAGAAUAUCAAUGGAACACAGAUAUUUCUCCUUUAACAACGCAAAUUCAGCUUGAAUAAACACUAGCUAUACACUGCUGCAAAUUUCUCUAAUUCAUCUUCUUUUGUUUGCUUUUCUGACUUGAUAAUAUUUUAUUGUGUUGCUAAUAAUACCAAUAAGUUUUCCAAUGCAUUUGUUGCUGAUAUUGCAGUAAUUGCUUUUUAAAUGUUGAUAAUUGAAUUCUAGGUAGGUUCACAGGGUGCCUUACAGCAAAUUCAACCCGUAAUAUUUAUUAAAUGGGAAAUUGGCCAUGGGGCUUCAUAUUUAUGGACCUUACCCUUUAACUGCUGAAGAAAAUAUUUGCUGCAGUCAGUGACUCACUAGGAUUGACAGGCUGUCUUGGGUCGUCUCUGAUAGUUCACUGCAUCCUCAGAACAUAUAUAAUCUCACAUACAUGAAUAUAUGACUUCUAACAUGUUUUACAAUGUAUGAUUAACCCCUUAAGGACACAUGAUGGAAAUAUUCUGUCAUAAUUCCCUUUCAUUCCAGAAGUUGUAUCCUUAAGGGGUUAAAACUUAAUCUGACCACUGCUAUUAUUAGGUGACUUUGGUAGUAAUCUGUUUUGUUUGCAUGAAAUUCAGUAGAAAUGAGGAGCUGUCUGACCUUAACCUCAGACUUGUGUGGUGUUCCACUGACAGUAACCCAGCUUAAAACUCUUUGCAGUUGCAAAUUAUUUUGCAACUUGACAAGUUUAUCUAAAAACAUUAAAGGGAUUCUCCAGUGCCAGGAAAACAUAUUAGUUUUUCUGGCACUGCAGGACCCUGUAGUGCCCCUCUCCCUCCCACCCCCCAUCCCAAGUUGCUGAAGGGGUUAAAACCCCUUCAGUGACUUACCAGAGUCCAGUGCCCAUGUCACUUGGCGCUGGGUCAGGCUCCGCCUACUCUCCAGCGGAGGAGACCUAAUGCGCAUGCGUGGCAAUCAUUAGACCUCCUCAUAGGAAAGCAUUAUUCAAUGCUUUCCUAUGGGGAUUUUGGCGAUGCUGGAGGUCCUCACAUAGCGUGAGGACAUCCAGCAUCGUAUAACACACUUUUCUUGUUCUAAGAAUACAGAAGUCCCUCUAGUGGCUCAGGGGCUCAGCCACUAGAGGAGGACUUACCCUGCAAGGUAAUUAUUGUAGUUUAUGAAAACUGCAAUAAUUACACUUGCAGGGUUAAGGGUAGUUGGAGUUGGCACCCAGACCACUCCAAUGGGCAUAAGUGGUCUGGGUGCCUAGGGUGUCCCUUUAACUUAUGGCCACAGUGUGCAAUCGCUCAGCAGACAUAUUCCAUACAAGUACUUGACGGCAAAGAGGAAGCAUUAGCUUCCUUCUGUAAUAUCUCUGAGUGAGGGGAUGUCUUGUAACUGCAGUGAUUUUUGCAAUUCACAUAAAUUUUGAAGGAACAUCCCAGGCACAAUAACCACUACAGAAUGCUGUAGUGGUCGUUGUGCCAAGAGUGCCUUGGCUUCCCCAAUGGUAGGUAGAGACUUCUUAGCUGAGGUCCGCCAGGGCACCGCCUCCAAACUUCCAAUUCACACUCUCUCUAUAGGCUAUAGUAGAAGUGUGGAGAUAGUGUACUUAGCCAGGGCAACAUGCUGUAGUGGUUAUGGUGCUUGGAAUGUUCCUUUAAGCCUCUGUGUGUCGGAAGGCAGGAGGAAACACCUACUCGCAGUAUAAAAAAUGCAAUUAGCAUAGGUUGUUGUGGUGUUUGGCGUGUUCUGUUGUGACAAUUCAGUGUUUACUAUGGUUGCUAAACUAUUAAAGGACCACUAUAGUGCCAGGAAAACAUACGCGUUUUCCUGGCAUUAUGGUGCCCUGAGGGUGCUUAGAACUCUCCUCCUCCUCUCCGCCUCCUCUUCGGCUGAAUGCGCAUGCCUAUAGUGGUCCUUUAAGUAAUAUGUUUAUGUGAAACAUAUUUCAUGGUAAGAUUGAAUCAUUUCUGAUAUCAGUAUGUGUUUGUUGCUUGCAUUACUAGACUAAAUCACACCAAAGCUGACUCAGAAUUUGGCUCUAUGACAAAGUCUUUCUGGCUGAUGGGUACAGUUUCCCUUUUGUCUUUUAGCAUAAUUUAAUGCCAUUUGACCACCAACACAAGUUGUUCCAUUUCCCCACUGUUUCAUCUUCUAGAAUUCCAUUUUACAUAUUUACACAUCAUCCUUAAAUGAAAAAGGGUAUGCUGAAAAUCAACAAUACAGGGUUUCAUAUUUCUCUAGAUUUCCCUUUAAUUUUACUGCUAGUGUUAUCUAUAGAUUGUCAUGAUCCAGGAAUUGUAGUACUAAAGCCUUCAUGAUUAAUGUCAGCAAAAAAUAUGAAUUAGGAGAAAAACUGAGCCUGCCAUGAUGUGGAACAUCAUAUAUGGCAAUUUUUAUAAUAAGAUAAAACAGAUUUUCUAAAUAUUUACAUUAUGCUGCAUCCAGCACUUAUAAAACUAAUCACACACAAAAGGCACAAUUACAUUGCUGCCGGAAUCUGAAAUUAGAGCAAUUUAGUUUCUGUGUUACGUUUUUUUAUUUUUAUUUUUAUUACAUUACAAAUUCUCUUCCCAAAAGAAAUAUAUAAAAAUAAACACAAAGCUUAAAUUACCUCCCCAUUUAGAUAUAAUACAUUUUAGAUACAUAAUACAUUCACCAAUGAAUUUUAUUAUAUUUUUGGUUUCAGGGUUUAACUGCAGCUUCUAAAGGGACCACAAACGAGCUAUGUUUUUAUGAAAUCUGUUGUUCAUCGUUCAGAAAUAAGUUAAUUAUUGAAAAGUUUUAAAUUAGUCAUGCUCACCAUGCAGCUUCUAUUAGUUUGCUAUUGAAUUAGGUUCAUGUUUUUUUCAGGAAUAAAUCUAUAUUCAGCUGCACAUGUGCAUGGCUGCUUAUACACUUAUCUUUGAAUUGUCAGAAAUUCACCAGAGAAAUGCAAAUUUUAGGCUAAGAUAACCAAACUGGAAACGUUCUCCAAUGCAUCACGUGCAACUAUUUUGGCCUUAAUGCAACUAUUCAGUGCCAUUCCCACAGAGUGCUUAGCGUGGAAACCAGACUGAAGCGGGUCUAGCAGAGAGUUGGACUCUUUUCAUCACUACUUUGCAGAUGCAUAAAUGGCAGUCUGUUAUUUUACCUUUAGAUCACAAACAGUUUUGGUUUUGGAGCAUUGAGGCAAAACAAUGAUUCUCAAUGAACACCAUUACUUCAGCACUAUAAGAGUCAGUGACAGUGACAGAUCUGGAGGAAGGAAAGACAUAUAGCCCUGUAACUAAAUGUCUGCUUGCCAAAUCUCUGCCAGAUAUCAAUGGCCACAUUCUGCUUCAUAACAGAAACCUUUACAUGAACUACAUUAAAAUCAUUCAAAAUACCAAAUUUUCCUUCUCCUGCUGGAGGUGUCUCCAAUGAUUGUCAUAAUGUAGCUGCAGCAUAUUUCACCACUGCCAUGUUGCAAAUGGUUACAAUGUUGCAAUAGAUGUAUACAGGCAUAAAUCCAAACAAGACAACACACUGAGCUUGAGAGAGGUAACUGGUUUAAAGUUGACAUCUAAUAAUAUGCAUUUCCAGAGGGGAGGGAAAAUAAACCAUUAAAAACAAGAUACAAUCACUGCAUCUUCCUUCCUACCCCAACCUUAAACUAGAAUAGAGGGUGUAAUACAGAAAACAGACACAGAACAGAAAAUGGACUGCACCCAGGUAAACAGGUAACAUUGGCCGAAUACUCUAGAAUUAAAGGGACACUAUAGUCCAACAUAUCACUUCAUUAUUAUUAUUAUUAUGUUAUUUAUAUAGCGCCAUCAAAUUCCGCAGCGCUUUACAAUGGGUGGACUAUUAGACAUGUAUUUGUAACCAGACAAGUUGGACACACAGGAACAGAGGGGUUGAGGGCCCUGCUCAAUGAGCUUACAUGCUAGAGGGAGUGGGGUAAAAUGACACAAAAAGGUAAGGGUAGUAUUAGACUAGUGACAGUUGCAGAAGAGGAAUCAGUCAGGAGCUAUUAACAGUUUAAUUGAUACGCUUUUACGAAGAAGUGGGUUUUUAACGAUUUUUGGAAGGAGUGGAGACCGGGUGAGCAUCUAACGGAGGAGGGAAGCGAGUUCCACAGGAACGAUGCAGCCAUCGAGAAAUCUUGAAGGCGAGCAUCAGAGGUGGGAGUACGGACAGAAGAUAGACGUAAGUCUUCAGCAGAUCGUAAGGGCCUAGACGGGAUAUACUUGUGUAUAAGGGAGGAUAGAUAGGUGGGAGCAGCAUUAUGUAGUGAUUUGAAAGCAAGAACCAGAAUUUUAAAUUGAGCUCUAUAUUUUAUAGGAAGCCAAUGUAGGGACUGACAGAAGGGUGAGGCAUGGGAGGUGCGGGCAGACAGGAAGAUGAGCCUCGCUGCUGCAUUCAUUAUGGACUGUAACGGCGCAAGUUGGUAACACGUUAGACCACUGAGAAGUGGAUUACAGUAGUCAAGGCAAGAAAGAACAGUGGAAUAGACCAACAUCUUAGUCGCAUCUGACGUUAAGUAGGGGCAGAUGCGCACAAUGUUUUUGAGAUGGAAAUGACAGGAUUUGGCGAUAGAUUGAACAUGAGGCUUGAAGGAGAGGUCAGAGUCAAAGAGAACACCUAGGCAGCAAGCCUGCGUGGUGGAGCUGAUGGUAGCACCGUCGACUUGGAGGGAGACAAACAUAGGAGUAACAACACUUGAGGGAGGAAAGACCAGAAUUUCAGUUUUGGUCAAGUUUAGUUUAAGGAAGUGGGCAACCAUCCAGUUAGAAAUAGCAGAGAGGCAGUCAGAGACACUAGUCAAGAGGGACGGGGAGAGAUCAGGAGAGGACAGGCAGAUUUGCGUGUCAUCUGCAUAGAAAUGAUAUUGGAAGCCAAAGGAGCUAAUGAGUUUACCAAGGGAGGCAGUAUAGAUGGAGAACAGUAGGGGACCAAGGACUGAACCUUGGGGGACACCAACAGAGAGUAGUUGGGGAGAAGAAGCAGAGCCAGAGAAAGAAACCCUGAAAGAGCGCUGGGAGAGGUAUGAGGAGCACCAGGAGAGAGCAAUAUCUUGUAGACCGAUAUUGCGGAAGAUGAGAAGAAGCUGUUGAUGAUCAACAGUGUCUAAAGCCGCAGACAGGUCAAAGAGAAUUAGGAUAGAGUAGUGACCACGAGAUUUUGCAGCUAGUAGAUCAUUGGAUACUUUGGUCAGUGCCGUUUCCACAGAGUGCUUAGCGCGGAAACCAGACUGAAGCGGGUCUAGCAGAGAGUUGGACUCGAGGAAGUCUGUCAAUCUCACAUACACAACUCUUUCAAGGAUCUUGGAUGCAAAAGGCAAUAGUGAGAUAGGACGAUAGUUGGAUGGGGAGUUAGGAUCAAGAUUGGGUUUCUUUACAAUUGGGAUUACAGUUGCAUGUUUAAAGGGCGAUGGAAAUAUACCAGAGGAGAGAGGAUGAGAAUUUUAGUGAGAGGUGGAGAAAGAGAAGAAGACAGAGUACGGAUGAGAUGCAAGGGAAUUGGAUCUAGGGAGCAGCUAAGUAGUCUGUUUACAUUGCAAGGCUAAGUCUAUCUUUAGUGGAGCUUGCUGCUGCACUGACCAAGUAAAAUUUAAUUAUGUGACAUAGAAGCCCUUGUAGGAAAGCAUUGACUUAAUACUUUCCUAUGGGGAAAGAGUGAAUGCGCUCAAGGCACUUGCUAAGCAUGUGCAUUAUGUAUUCAGUGCACUUCUAUAAAGAGCAUUGAAUUGGCCUAUCGCAGAGGAAGGGGUGGAUCUUCCCACUAGGGACAGGGGCACUAUAGCUUUAGGAAUAAAAGAUUCUAUUGCUAACGCUAUAGUAUUCCGUUAAAUGCACCAGGGAGUCAGUAAAUUGUAAAUGCAGGGAUUAAGAGAGUAUAGAGUGUUCUUCCAGUGUGUUUACCUCUGCUAUAUCACAGUUUCUUGGCAUAAAUUUUCCCAAUUAGGUUUUCACCACAGUUCAGUGAGAACUUACCUAGAGAAUAUUGAAUUAUAAAAAUAAAUUGUGGACUAUAUUGUGCUGAUAAAAACUAGCUUUGUUUUUUUAUUUUAAGUGUAGAAUAAAACAUACGUAUUCCAUGUCAUUUAUGGUUAGCUUUAUUUUAUGUUCAUAUAGUAUCUUAUAAAGGCCCUAAUUUAAUAUUUUUGGAUAAGCUUUUCACAUUAUUUAAUAUUUUGAAAAAAAAUAAUUUUAAUAGCUAAUCCAAAAGUAUUAAAUCAAGUCCAAAGUAUGAUACCAACUCACAGCAAAUUGUAGUUAAAAAAAACUGAAUUGGAAAAUGUAAAAAAGUCUCCCUUCACAAGCUGCAACAGCAGUGCUGUCAGUUCCCACACUUGCCUGAUGGGCCCUCCGGACUGUCGGCAGUGCACAGAGGUGAGUAUGGAAUCCCAGGUGGAAGUUUCCACAGGCCAGAGGGGGCACUGUGCUGGGAGGAACUGCUGGGUCAUCUAGAGCAGCGCAGGGGAGAGACAGGAAGAGGAAGCUUAGCUGCACAGAAUGUGGGGGUAUUGAGGCAUCCAGGCAGCUGCUGGUAAGUGUUAGUCAGUGUGUGUAAAUUAGUCUGUGUGUGUGUGGGGGGGCAGGGGGAUUAGUCUUUAUGUGUGUUGGGGGUCAGAUUGUGCGUGUGUGGGGGUCAGUCUGUGUGUGUGUGGGGGAUGUCAGUCUGUCUGUGUGUGUAUUGGACAGUCUGUGCAUGUGUAUAGGUCAUUCAGUGUGUGUGUGUGGGGGGGGGUCAGUCUGUGAUUGUGAGGGUGGUCAGUCUGUGUGUGUGUAUAGGUCAGCCUGUGUGUGGAGUGGGGGGGUCAGUCUGUGUGUGUGGGGUGGGUCAGUCUGUGUGUGUGGGAGAGUCAGUCUGUGUGCGUGGGAGAGUCACUCUGCAUGUGUGUGUGGGUCAAUCUGCAUGUGUGUGUGUGGGUCAGUCUGUGUGUGGGGGUGUCAGUCUGUGAGUGUGGGGGGCAGCCUGUGUGUUUGGGGGUGUCAAUCUAUCUGUGUGUAUUGGUCAGUCUGUGUGUGUGUGGGGGUAAGUGUGGGGGGCAGUAUGUGUGUGUGUUGGAGGGGCUCAGUCUGUGUGAAUGUCAGUUUGUGUGUGUGUGGAUGGGUGGGUCAGUCUAUGUGUGUGUGGGGGGGGUGAGUCUCUGAAUGUGGGAUGGUUCAGUCUGUGUGUGGGGGGGUCAGUCAGUGUGUGUGUGGGGGGGUCAAUGUGUGUGUGUGUGUGUGUGUGUGGGUGGGUGGGUGGGUGGGGGGAGGGGGUAAGUCUGUGUGAGUGUGUAUUGGUCAAUCUAUGUGUGGGGGGUCAGUCUGUGUGUGUAUGGGUCAGUCUCUGUGUGGGGGAGCAGUCUUGAGGUCCAUGAGAGAUACCUGUCAUUUUGUGACCUCCCCUGCACCCAUGCUUGUCUGUAGUGAGCUUGUGUGUGUCACUGAGCUUGUCUGUAGUGAGCAUGUGUGUGUCAGUGAGCUUGUCUGCAGUGAGCUGUGUGUGUGUCAGUGAGCUUGUCUGUAGUGAGCGUGUGUCAGUGAGCUUGUCUAUAGUAAGUUUGUGUGUGUAUCAGUGAGCUUGUCUGUAGUGAGCUUGUGUGUGUAGUGAGCUUGUCUUGUCAUUAAUAAACUCACCCAUGGAGGCGGGUCCAGCCGCGACAAAACUGACACGGUGUCAGAAAAAAGGUUUGUAAAAAUACCUUUCUCAUGCGAUCAAAGGAGGUAGAUACCUAAACAUGCACUCACUGACAGGCACACAAUCUCUGACAGAGGCACACACAUUCUGACAGAAAUACACUGACAGGCAUAUAUUCUCUAACUGAUACACACACACUCACAGACACACACAUUUGUUCACACACUUACAAAUUGCUAUUUUUAUUUUAAUCCACCCAGCUUCCCUACCUUUGGGACAGCUGAGUGGAUCUUUUCCCUGGUGUCCAGGGGCUCCCCUCUAAUCUUUCUGCAGUUUCUGCACACUCUCUGUAGUGAUGCCCAGGCCAGAGUGACGUCAUGUCACUAAACAGCAUGCGAGGGAGCAGAGAGGAAUUGCAGGAAGGUUACUGAUCCCCGCGGCGGCCAGCUUCAGUGUUUCCUGCGCGGCUUAGCAAAGGGCUGACAAAUCACAGGCGCCAGGGAGAAAUAUAUAUACACGUUUUAUAACUGCCCCCAUACUUUUGUCCUUGGCCCCUCAUGUGCCACCCCUAAAUAUGAAUCCUGGAGAUGCCACUGGCAUUGUGGCAGGUUUAUGCAAUGCAUGAUCAUAUACUUUAACGAAAAAAACAUUAUUUUUGACUAGGUUAGUUGUUUGUAAAAAAAGGUAACUGUUGCAAUCUAUGAUCUUUUAAAUUGCUGUUUAGUGAAUGAGUGAGUGCGCUGGAUCUUGUAUGUUAUACAUCCUAUGACAUCAUCAUACACUAUAGUGGCUUGCUUUUCUCAGUGGACAUACGAACAUUCUCGUAUGAAUGAAGUCAAUUAAUUCCCAGACUUUUUAGGUUUGUUCUUUAUAUUUUAACUUGUGUCCUAUGCCAACACUAAACAUAUAAAAAGUAUUUUGACUGCACAGUGGGCUGUACAAGGAUACAUAAUUUAUUGCAGACUCAUUUUAAUGCAAAUGUGUAUUUUCUUUUCAUGUGGGAACAAAAGAUUCCCUUGUACCAGUGAGCACCAGCCUUUUAGCAUUGAAGCAAUGAUUAUAGCAUGCCGUGAAAACUGCAAGGAGAAUAGAACAAAGAGCUUUUAACAGCUACUAAGAUCCAGUACUCCGCUCUAAAAAAAACAGCCAUUUUUAAUUUCCUCUUUCUGGCAAAUUUAAAAUGUAACAAUAACAUCACGUGGAAUAAAAAGAGCAGAUCAUUAAGAAAAAGAGAAUCAUUCUUUCAUCAGGAUAAAAUGUUCAUAAACUAGAAUUGUGUGCUAAAGCAGUCAUAUAAAAUAAAAAGAAUAAAAAUAGCAAUGGAUUAAAAUGAUGUAAAAUAAUGAUUUAACAUUUGUAGUAUCUUUUAGGGUGCUUACUCUGAUAAUUCAAAGGGUAUUUUAUAUCUAAGGCCAGAGUAGACAAACUGAAAUCAUAGCUGAAUUUUUCCAGUUAGACUAUUUUGACCUUAAAUUUGAAAUUCACUGAAUUAAAAAGUAUAUCAUUACUAAGUGGUCUGUUUGCUAAACAGUGAGUGGUAGUGAGCACACAGGAAUGUAUAGAAGUUAGGCCAAAGUAGCUGCGUUGUAACCAAUGUAUAUAUUUUAAAAAAAAGAAUUGACACUAACACAGUUAGAUAAAGACAUGUCCUCAUAAAACAUAUGAGUGUCAACAAGGUUAUACAGUACAUGUCAAAGUUUCUGCACAAUUUGGAAAUUAUAGAAUGGUACAUGUAGAACAGCUCAAAAGCACAAAAUGUAUACCACUGGAGCAAACAAUUAGCAGCUGCACUUAGGCCAAAAUACUGUAGUAAAUAAAGAAAACGAAAAUAGGGACAUAAUGCAAAAGUGGUGAGUAUACUUUUGUAACAUAUGCUCUCAGGAACUCAAAUUCACCCAAUUCCCGACUCUGUGAUAUUGCUCAGCCUCUCUGGCCAGAGUCCUGUACACCCGGACCCAUGAGUCCUCUCUUCCACUGGCCCCAGGUCAAAAUAUGAGCAGGCCCAUGAUGCUCACAAAUCUGUUCACUCUUGGUACACAAAUCUGCUUCCCAGAACAGUCCAACAAGGCCAGUCCUCCGGGGGCAUGAGUGGUCCAGAAGACAUGUCACUCUGGAGGUAACCACUCCCUGGGCUUGGGACUUGUAUCAGAAAAGCGCUUUGAUCUGUAGGCUGGUUCCAUUGUAAAGCAGGGGAACCCUGGACUACCUGUGCCCAAAAUCGGUUCCAUAGUGUGUUGAAAGCUUUGUUAAAGGCCUCCAUCCAUGCGAGCCGCUGUAAGAAUGUUCGCUGGAAAGCAACAGGCAAACAGGCACUAGUUGAAAAAAUACCCAGGAAGGAUCUCUAACAGCCAUCCAAGGAGUGGGCAGUGAAGUUAUCACUAGGCUGUAAUGUAAACACUGCAUUUUCUCUGAAAAGACACUGUUUACAGCAAAAAGCCUGAAGGUACUGAUUCUGCUCACCAGAACAAAUUCAAUAAGCUGUAGUUGUUCUGGUGACUUUAAUUAUUUUACACUGUGGAACAAAAUUAUGUGAGUGGAUUUCUGGUAAGGAAGUGUGUGUAUUGCUGUUUGCUGUUUAGAAGAUGUUUAGGGUGUUAGGAAGUGUCAACUAACAAUUUUGAUCAAAUUUAGUCGAUUAAUACUGGACUAAAACUAAAACAAUUCACAUGACUAAAACACGACUAAAACUAAAAUGUUUUUUUUGUCAAAAGACUAUGAUUAAAAUUUGUCGCCAAAAUUAACACUGGUGUUAGGAGCAUAGGUUAGUGCGCUAAACUUGUGGGGCGACUGCACCUUUCUGCUUUUUCCUUUAUGUUGGAUAGCAUUCUAGAGACAGAAAACAAUGAUUUGUGAGUUAUACUAAAUCCCCUGCUAUGCCGGUUACUUUGCUAGCACAAAACAGGUAGGUUUUCAAGCAGCGGGGUUUGCUCUGUUUAUGUGCCAUAUAAAGAUAGUUAAGCAGACAGGCAGAUAUACAAUACAUUCAGUAUACCAUUGCCACCUACAAUUUAUUUUCAGAGCAAAAUGUAUCUUUUCAAUUUUGUAUUUUUAAAAAAUAUAUAUAUUUUUGCAGUGCAUGAAAAUUUCAAUGGAUCUCGUAGUGCCACAACAGCGAUAACAAGCAUGUAUUAGAUUACAGAAAAGUACAAAUUGCAUAAAAUAUGCAAAUGCUUCCUAAAAUGCUUCCUAAACUAUAAUGUUGUGUGGCAACUUGAGGGUACAACACAAUUUUGUAAUUAAGGUAAAAAUCAGGCUAGACAAACAUGUUGUAGGAUUAGUAAGAUUUUCAUACAUAUAAAAAGAAAAAGGCAAGACAUGUAGAUUACUGAAAGUUAUGUGCUAAAGUACAAGAGUAACAGGCAGUGUAUGAGAGCCACUGGACGCCCACGCAUUCAGGUAAUGGCAUUCCGCUCUGCAAUAUGCAUGUGCAAUAGGGUGAGAGAAAUCAUAGGUAAAUGGAAACAAAUCAUAAGAGUAUAAGAGCAAGCAGUACAACAAGUAUUAAAGGUGCAUUAUAUGCCGAACACCAACAAUAUGUAAGCCACCGUUGUCAGGUGAAUAACAGGCAGCAGACACAGUAUCUGACUCAACCUAUCCCUAUCAGUGGCUGAAGUGGUGCGUGUACAGGGGUUAUCAGGUAGUGUUUUGCUGAAGUACAGCAGAUCAGGGUUCUUCCUUUGCCCCAGGCCUGUGUGAGAGCCAGCAUCCUUAGUCCAUGGAUUCGGGAACCCACAUGAGCCAAGUCCUUCCCACUUCCAGGGUAAACAGAGGACACUGGUGGUGUACGCUGUUUUUGGCGAGUAAUCCUCCCUUUGGUGGUUGAUGCACGGAGGCAGUGCCUCGGGGGGCUCUCGGCCCAGGCAGGGGUGCGGCAGAGUUACCAGGUGCUUGCUGUGUAAUAGUGUCCAGGAGAGGUUUGCCCUGCUCCGACUGCUUGCAGAACUCCACUUCUUCCAGCCACUUAACUAGGGUCAUCCACUCGCGCUUCAGAAUCCACAGCCAGAAGCUGUGAAAUAUUUAAUCUAGGCACUGCAUUGUGGAUUUGGUUGAGCCAUGGUACGGCGCGUGCAGGCCCUAUUCAUCCGGCUGAGAGGCAGGUGCCGUGUGCACCGUGUGCCCAGUUGGGACAGGGAUAUCCCCCACCGGUCCAAAGAGCGCGGCAGGGUCAAACAGUGCAUCCAGGAGUGAAAAGAUCGUCCACUUCUCCCCAGCUUCCUCCACUGUAGGCCGCAGCAGGGUGACUGGGGCUCAGCUGAACAAAGAUCGCGAUUCCAGGGUCUGAGUAGUUCUCGGAUCAGGAUAGUGCCUUUUAGCUUUAGUUGCUGCUAAAUUACCAAGAUUAUCCUCACAAAAUCAGCGCGGGAAACGGGAGCUCGAGCCCAGCACGUCUGCCCUGCACAGAAGUCAGGCUUCGCUCCCGAGCAAAAUGUCAUUGUUCUCAAAAAUGUAAACCUAUUUGUUGAUGGCAUUUAUAGUGUUUUUUUGGGCAAAAAUCUUUGGUAGCAGUAUGUUAAACCAUUUCUGAGCAGUUUCACAAACCCUGGUGGUGUUAUUCACUAAACAUCGGAAAGACAAAUGAAAGCCAAAUGUGGUCGGAAUUUGGCCCAAGUGAAUCUGCAACAAUCGCCAAGAUGCAUUUGGUGUCCAGAUUAAAAUCAGUGCUUUCACAUCUAAAUCCUAUAUGAAGUAUGGGAUUCAGAGGUUUCACAAAGCACCGGUUUGAAUCCAGUAGUAUACAGUGUAUGCAAAUUAUCAUUCACAGCAUUCGCAGCCUGCAGGAAAUAGUUUUUAAAAAGCCCUCUGCUGUGCAAGGUUUAAUUGCUAGAUAGUGAUAAAACACGUAAUGUUAUGGCGCUGAAUUUAAAACUAUAAUAUAUACUAAUAAGCUGCACUAUAUAUCGUGAAAAGGCUCAAUCACCUAUAUUAGAACAAUUUAAGAAUAAAGUGCGCUGUGCCUUUAAGACUCAAAAUAUUGCCUUAACCCCGUUUACUUUUUUCGAAAGGACGUGCAUUCAGGAACAAUUCCCGAAAGGCCUCAUUACCAAUUUAUACGCACAUCUCAGUACGACUACAUCGGAAUGGGGGGAGCUUCAUUACACGACGCAAUGGGAACAGGACCUGAAUGAGGAAUUGGAAGGCGUUGAAUGGCAGGAAAUCUGGGAAGCAGCGGCGACCUCUUCUAUUUGUGUCACUUUUCAAGAGCAAGCCUACAAGACUAUGUUCAGGUGGUACGCUACUCCAGCAAAGCUUUGUAGGAUGCAUAAAAUGGCUACGGAUGUUUGCUGGAGAGGAUGCGGCCAGAAGGGAACGUACAUACAUAUGUGGUGGGUCUGUCCAGAGGCACAAAAAUUUUGGAAUCAGGUCGCCGUUCUAUUGGGAAACAUCUUUGGUAGGGUAGUUAAGCCAGAUCCAUGGGUGUUCCUUCUGGCCAGGUCUAUGGAGAACUGGUCCAGAUCGGAACAAAAUUUGCUCCAUAAGGUAACCCUUGCUGCCAGGAGGGCCCUGGCCCAGGUGUGGCUACAGGGAGAGACUCCCCCUCUUGAUGUGGUAAUACAAAAGAUUAAAGACACUUACCUCAUGGACGAGUUGACUGCUCGGGUCCGGGGCACUAGAAAGAAAUUGGACAAAAUUUGGGGCCCGUGGAUAGAAAGCGGGGUUGGCGAUUAGGGGGAAGGGGGACGGGCUCGUCUCCUUCAUACCCCAACAUACCUCUGCUGACUCUGGGGGGGAUAGCACCUCUAUAGUUCCAUUGCUUAGUUGGUCCUUUUGGUCCCCACUGAGGCGCCUACGGUCUAUAGUUCUCCUCAUGGGCUUGGAGGUCCAUCCUUAGGCUUUGCAGGUUUGGCUGCACAGCCGACUGGUCGAGCUAGCAUUAUUGCCAAUUCUUGGAAUACCACCAGCAUACUCCCUCCCUCUCCUAUUCUCCUCUUAUUUUCUACUCUUAUGGUACUUUCCAUACGGUUAAUCUUCUUUUUUUCCACUUCCUUUUAUCUCUUUUUCUUUUUCCCUUAUUUUUACUUCCUGUCUGGCUACUGUCCAGUGAUCACUUAGCUAACAUGAACCUUUUUGGGUUGAGGCGGGCUGUGGGGCCUUUUUUGGCGGAGCGCUAGUUAAAUGGUACUACAAUAUUGUUGACCUUACACGUUAGAUAUGCAUAUGAUAGUUUGGUUUGACGCCUACUAUUUAUUAAAGGUUAAGGUGGAAUGAAGAAACGAGCUGCCAUUUAGUCAGACAGGAUUCUGUAUAUUAUAUAAUAUAAAAUCGAUUGGAGGCUGCAGUAGACAGAUAAUAAUGGUUGGAGGACGUAUGUCAUACUCAGUGAACAUGUUUGGUUGUAAGGGCAGCUAAUCAUGUUGUAUUCUGAUUAAUAUCGAAUAUUGUUUGUGAUGUUUGUCCUCUUAUUGCAUUGUAAUGAUUGUUUUGCUGUGGUAUCUAAUCUUGUUAUAAAUAAAGAAUUUAAAAAAAAAAAGACUCAAAAUAUUUAUAAACCGUGAAAAUAAUUUGUGCAAAUAAAGUGAUCAAGUGCAUCAAUGUGCAACUCACUUAAACAUAUAUAUGCAAAUUGUGCAAACAAAAUAUUUCUUUGUGCAACCAAUUAUGUGCAAAGAAACAAUACUUAGCUUUCCUAAUUAUGGAAUAUGCUUUAGGGCUUCUGUCAGCAACAGACAUGGCCUGAUGAAAGCUCCGUAAUGGAGCUGAAACGUUGAUGUCAUGUUGAAUAAAGAAGAAUAACUUGAAAUUCCUUGGAGUGCCGGUAUUCCCUUUGUUUAUAUUGCUAAGCUACCAGAGCACCAGGUACCAUUAUAUCUUGGCUGGAGUGCAAGGGCUUUUCAUUUUGUAAAUAUAUAUAUAUACACAGACUAAUACACGUUUUAUAACUGCCCCCCCUUUUUGUCCCUGUCCCGCCAUGUUCUCUUCGAAAUAUGAAUCCUAGAGACGCCACUAUACACAGGUAACUUUUUUCUUAGUCUUUUAUUGUAUGUAUUGUGCCUGAUGUGUACUAUAGUCAUUGCUGCCGUCCAGGAGUAUUACGAGUCUGAAUGCAGGACUUAUUUUUGUGUAUUAGUAAUUUCCUCCCAAUACAACCAUAAAACAGUUGGUUAUUUUGCUCUAAUAUGGCGAAUUUGUCCACAGGGUCACACCUACUGCUCCCUGUCCACAGGGCCGGCGCUACCAUUAGGCAGCCAGGUGGCCGACUUAGGGCGCUCUAGCCCAGGGGCGCAAAUAUCCAGUUGACUGGCAGGAGAGAAGUGCAUAGCACUUCUCUCCUGACAGUCAUUUCCUGUAGUGUGGCUGAGCGCCAGUAUCUCCGCUUCCCGGGGCAGGAGGAGAGGGCUCGCGAAGGAGCUCCGAUCCAAAUCUGCUUUUCCUGUAUAGCUCCCUCGCACGCCCUGUAGAGGUCCUGGGAGCCGGAACGUGACAUCAUAUUCCGACUCCCAGGCACCACUGCCGGGCACACAAUGGAGCUAUACAGGAAAUGCAGAUCUGGAUCGGAGCUCCCUCAGAGGAGCACUGCGACAGCCGACUGGACCCCAUGCUGUGUGUUUACUCCAGUUCUCCAUGAGGUAGGGAGACUGGGUGGAUUGAAAAAAAUGUGUGUGUUGCCCUGCUCCCUCAAUACGGUUACUAUCCCACCACAAUAUCCCCUAUUCCCCCCUCCCACCAUAUCCCCUGCCCCCGCAAUACUGUUACCUUCCACCCCCACAAUAGCCCCAGUCUCCCAUAAUGCUGCCCUGUCCCUCAAAACUGUGCUGAUCCCCCCCAGCAGAGCCCCAGUCCCCCAAAAUACCGCCUCUACCCCAUACGGUUCAUAUCCCCCCAACAUAGCCCCAGCCCCCCAUAAUACUGCCCCUAUCCCUCUUCCCACCAUAGCCACUGUCCCCCCACAAUACUGUCCCUAUUCCUCCUCCCAACAUAAACCUAGUCCCCCACAAUACUGCUCUACCCCUUACAAUACUGUCCCUAUCCCCCUGCCACUAAAGCCCCUGUCCCCCACAAUACUGUUCCCUUUCCCCCACAAUAGCCCCAGUCCCCCAUAAUGCUGCCCUGUCCCUCAAAACUGUUCUGAUCCCCCCCACCAUUGCCCCAGUCCUGCACAAUGCUGCCAUACCGCUCCUGCCCCCCAUACUGUUCUUAUCCCCUCCUGUCCCCCACAAUACUGCCCCUGCCCUCCCACUAAAGCUCCAACCCCCACAAUACUGUUCCGAUCCCCCCACCAUAGCUCCAGAUCCCACAAUACUGUUUCUAUCCUCCCCCCACCAUAGACCCAAUCCCUCACAAUACUGUUCCUAUCCCCUACCACUAACACCCCAAUCCCCCAAAAUACUGCCCCAAUCCCCCCAUACUAAAGAAUCAAUAUGCGACAAUACGGCCCCUGCCCCCAUCACAAUAAAGCCUGAAUCCCCCACAAUACUGCCCCUAUUCCCCCCUCGAUAAAGUCCCUAUCCCCCCCACAAUAUUGCCUCUAUUUCCCAAUACUUUACUAUUCCCAUCUUCCCUUGACUACAGCCCCUGUCCCACACACAGUACUGACCUUAUCCGCCUACUAAAGCCUUAUUGUACAGCGCUACAUAAUUUGUUAGUGCUAUAUAUUUUAUAAUAAUAAUGCCUGUGUAGCCAAAAAUUCUUUCACCGCCCCUGCCUGUCUAGUAACUCCUCAGUAGUAAUAAAACAUACCAAAAGUGCAUGUUAUCAGGAUUUAAACUUAAAAUGCAUAUAUCUCAUUAACAUUAGAAGGUCCUCAAACACACCAAUAUUAGUCAUUUGCCUAGACCACGGAUAGGUAACCUUCAGCACUCCAGAUGGUGUGGAUUACUUUUCCCCUGAUGCUUUGUCAGUAUUAUGGCUGUAAUAGUGUUAUGGGAGAUGUAAUUCACAUGUUAUCUACCCCUGGCAUUGACCAACAUUAAAUAGGUCAUUGGUGUCUAAACUGCAAAAAUAUGAUGGUUUAAAAUAUAAUGAUGGGGAUCCAAUGCAACCAGGAGAGACACUUGCAUUAUCUGCUCAUUCGUGAGCAGACGCUAUCUUCAGGUGAGCAUUGUUUAGUUCUGUGGGUAAAAAACACAUGUACACCGGGUAAGGACAUUGUUGUCCACAUUUUAUGUCUGUAACAACAUUAUUUUAAACUUCAGUUAUAAUCUGCUUUAUUUAAAAUUUUGCUUGUGUUCCUGUAAAAUGCUGUGGUAUUAAGUUGAUGUCCUUCCUUAAUUUUUUACAGGUUCUCCCCUCAAACAGGGUUCCACCUCAUCAGCUGGUCCUGAAAAAUCAAGCUCAAAGAUCACUGAAGUAGGGGAUGAGUUCCUAGGAGACUUUGUAAUUGGUGAGCGUGUAUGGGUCAAUGGAGUUAAGACUGGAGUCGUACAAUACUUGGGAGAAACCCAGUUUGCCCCAGGGCAAUGGGCAGGAGUUGUUCUCGAUGACCUUGUAGGAAAAAAUGAUGGGUCUGUAAGUGGAGUUCGCUAUUUUGAAUGCCAACCGUUACAAGGGAUUUUUACACGGCCUUCUAAGUUAACUCGACAGCCUGUAGCAGAUGGUACUGGAAGUGACUCUCAUUCUGUGGAAUCCUUGACAACUCAGAACUUAUCCCUGCAUUCUGGAACUGCCACACCACCCCUGACUACCCGUAUUGUGCCUUUGCGGGAAAGUGUGCUCAACAGCGCCAUUAAGACAGGAAAUGAGUCAGGAUCAAAUCUCUCAGACAGCGGGUCAGUUAAAAAGGGAGACAAGGAUCUACGGACUGGAGAUCGUGUUUUGGUAAGUUAUAUUUUAAAAAAUGUAUCGUGUAGUAACAAGUGCAAUUCUCAAGGAACUUAUAUCUCAGUAUAUAUCAAUGUUUGGUGUAAGAUCUUAUAUAGCAUUACCAUUAUCUUCUUUGGAUAGAACUAAACUAUUUGAUAAUCAGUCUGCUACCCAAAAGACCACCUACUCAAUUUGGACAAUUAUUCUUUACAAUCUUUUAGUAGAAGAAAAUAUAUAUAAAUAUAAAUAAAUAUAUUAAUUAGUAACCUUUGUAAGCAUUUCAGUAUUAAUAAAAGAAUGACAAUUUCUUUGAAAGGAGCACUAUUACUUUAGGAAUACAAUCUUGUAUUCCUAACACUAUAGUGUCCCUGUCCCUCGCUCUACAUAAUUCUCAACCCCUUUCCCCUCCCCCCUAAAAAAUAAAACAAUAAGAGAUUUACAGACCUAGCAUCGAGGCUCCCUCAGCAUGGUCUCCUUCAUGAUGGUCUGUUCCUGGACCAGUUUUUAAUAAACUGCAAUAUCUUAGAUUGCAGGUUUAAGGUGACAUGGAUUCUGCACUCAAUGAGAUUAAGUGGUCUUUGUGACUAUAGUGUCCCUUGAAGGAAUCACAUUUUUUUGUAAUUCUGUAAGAAUCAAGCAUAAAAAAAACUGUAAGCAGAAUAAAAAAAAUAUCAAUGUACACUAUAGCUAAACCCUUUAUUUUGUAUUCCUAUCACAGCCUUCACUGAUUCACAGUGUCAAGCAGACACAGAAAAUUACAAUGCUCGCCAAACACAAAUUUUCCUACAUUAAACAGCCUAAUUAGUAUCAUUUUCUCAGCUAUUAUAGCUGUCAGCAAAUACAAAUGCUUCAUUUAUAAUUUUAUAAAAGCAAAGCAUCAUUGAAACCCAAAAUAAGGUAAUGUUGGAAAAAGAAAAAAAAUCCUUUAUUCCCUGAUAUUUUGUCUUUCUGGCCUUGCCCGUGUCCAUUCUCCUUGUCUGUUAUUCAUUUUGCUCCAGCAGUCAGUAAUACUUAAUUGCUCUGUAAGGAACAUUGAAAUGGUGUCUGGGUGCAUCCAAAUUACUCAAACUACCAAAAAUGCUUUACUCAUUACUGGCAGGAGGAGCAAGCAUUUUCAUUGCUAUGACAUCUGUAUUUAUUACUACAUCUCCAAUACAGAUAUUUUCUGGAGGGAAGAAAAACAGGAAACAGAGGAGCAAAGGUUAAAUGAACAAAUUUAAGAGAUACUGUAUACAUUAGACUUCUAGUGGUUGUAAGUGGUCUUGGCAUCAUGAUGAAAUGCUUCUCAUAAAAAUAUAUUAAAUUCAAGGCUUCUCUCUGAGACACACCUUGGAUGGGCAAAGUGUGGAAAUUGCAGCAAUGUGCUCAGUCUCCCCGAAUGCUUCUCUAUGAGAAUGAUUGGAUUGGAUGAAAGUCAUAACAACUGAUGACUUAAUUGGAAGAGGGGGAGCUGCUUCCAGUUUUGAAAUAAAUGUAGGUUUAAUGGGACCAGUAAUCAAAACUAAACAAGGAACACUUUAACAUUAAAAAAUACAUAUAUAUUUUUUUAUAAAUGGAAAAAUAAAUAAAUGUAUUCUACGAUUAGCAUGUUCUUUUAACUUGUGUGGCACAAUGACAAGUGGGAAGGGGUAGAUAUAUAAAGAUGCUAUACACCUAUACCAUGUAAUAUCACCUUUUAUCUCUCCAUAAUGGAAAUAUUUGUGAUAAUGUUGUUCCACCAAAAAACAAAACAAAAAAAAAAACCUGCCAAUGACGUUAGAAUAUAAUAAAGAUUUUGAAAUAAAGUUUCUUUUGUGAAAAGGGUUGUUUAAAGGAGCAGGUACACCAGCAUCUCUAAGCAUGGUUUGUCCUCUACAUUUUACAUAUUUUGUGUAUAUGUAAAACAAAAAAUAUAAAAUUUUAGCUGCUUUAAUCCCUGUCUCUGACUUAUUGUUUUCUUGCACAUUUCUGAUAUUGUCCUUUGUUAAAAUCAUUCUCACUGAAGUUAUAAAGAAAGCCUUCUCUUCCUAUUGUCAGUAUGUAACUUGCAGAAAAUUUGAUGAAAUACUCCUUCAAACAAAAGGUUUCUUUAUUUUCUUUUUCUGUGUGACAGCCCAGUGACAAGUCAGUGUGUAUCUGUCUAGAAUUGGGAACAUUCUAUUUUCUUUAUAAUGUGCUCAAUUGACUAGGAGGCUGGUCAUGUACAGAUAAUAGACGUGGAUUUGUGUGACUAGUCUAGGAUUACUUGGAAUGCACGCACAUAGUAUACAACAAAGCUAAUGUUUUCCUAUUUGUUGCUUAUGUACCAGCAUUAAAUGGGUACACUGGGCUUGAAGCCAAUGUAUAUGCAUUUUAUUUAUACAUGUGCAUCUUAUUGUCUUGUUGUGUUUGUAUAUUUCAGUGGUUGUCUAUAAGAUGCAUUCAAAAAAUGGCACAAUUUUGAUCUUGAGUUUCCAAGUAUAGGAAAAAUGAUAGUGAACCUUUCCAGUGACACUUUAUCUUGCAUGUGUCUGUUUAUAAUUGGAUGAUUUAUUGUGGUGUUAAAUCAGCAAACUAUAUUUUACAAAACAUGCGGCACAAACACAUCACAUCACAAAAACAAACUGAGUUCUCUAAGAACAUAAGCAACUGCAAUGUUGUAAGGCAGAGACCGAAAACUAUUGGUAUAAUUUACUAUUUAAUUUUUUAGUUAUACAAAUGUCUCACCAGAACUACUCAGUAAAAUGUGCAUAAAAUAAACAACAUCUGUAAAUCAGGCUCCCCACUGCAAGACAUAAAACUGUGGCUUCUUCGUGGCAGUUUGCAAAUGCAGAUGGAGACCAGAGCUUUUCAAUCACAAGCAGUUUAAAAACAGAUAAUUUACAAAAUGGCCCAAACAUAAAUGUAUAACCCAAACAAAUAUAUUAAUACUGUUUGGGGUCAUAUAAGUCAUACAUUCAAAUAAUUCUGUAUACAGACAUACCUCGCUAAUAUGUCAGGUUAGGUUCCAGCUACUGCAUAUAAAAGACUUAAUACAUGUUCACACUACCACAUAACACAUACCACCCAAUACAUACCUCUAAAUAAACUACCACAUACCUCCCAAAACCACCCAAUACAUACCUCUUAAUACACUACCACAUGUGUAGGCAACCUUUGGCACUCAGGAUGCUGUAGACCACAUCUCCCUUAAUGCACUUACACCCAUAAUGCUGGCAAAGCAUCAUAGGAGGUGAAGUCCAAAACAUCUGCAGUGCCAAAGGUUGCCUAUCCCUGCACUGCCACAUACCUUUAGAAUUGGGAUGGGUGGGCAGAGUUCUGAGGGGGCAUCACCAGUGAAAUGAGACGCAUUACUAGCGGCAUCCACAAUGGGCAGUUACGUUUGGAAAAGGGUCGAGCUUGCCUACUGACAAUCUGGCUAGCUGACCCCAGCAUUGGGGACCAUGCAGAGAGCAUUGCUCCUUGCAUGGUCCUAGUGCCCAAUUCACAGCGUGAGUGCGUCUCUAUUGAUGUGCUCGUGUUGUGCUGCCUGGGGAGAAUUCUCUGGUGUCCCCAGAUGCGGUACACCAAGGAACUACACGGUGGGACAGGACCCCAUAAUCAUGACUGUCCCGCCAAAAGCAGGACAGUUGGGAGGCAUUCUUUUUAAAGUUAUUGUGCAAUUAACCGACAUUUACUCUAUGGUAAUACAAUAUGUUAUUAAUUACACAAUAACUUUAUUAAAAAAAAUAUAAAAAAGUACAAAUAAUAUAUGAAAAAUGCGACCACUGUACGUAUUGCUAUCUUAAAAUAGUGGUGAUACAUGCUCUGAAUAUAAUUGAAAAGGUCUGUGUAAUGCAGUAAUGCAAAGUACUACAACACAUUUAAAAAGGUUGUAGUACUUUGCAUUACUGCAUUACACAGACAGUACCCUGUUGUAAAGAAUAUAAAUGCAUUUACAACAGGCAUGGGAUUUCAGUGUGAAACAGAUGAUGAAAAAAAAAAUUCUUGCAAAACUUCUGGGACGCUUGUGGGAAGAUUGACUGUGAUAUUGCAUUGGCAUUGAUGAAUGACAUCUUUGUUUAUAGCUUGCCAACUAUAUGUUCUAGUAGAGAUUAUUUAACUUUUGUUCUAAAUGAUGUGUCCUGCUUGUGAUGAAUGUUGAUUUUGUUAUGUAGGACACUUUAACGCGUGGCAUUGACAGUAAGAUGUAAAGGUCCUUUGGGAGAAACAGACUUGUAAUUACAUGGCAUUCAACAUAUCUUGUCAUCUCAUUCCGACCAGAUCACGUCUUGCUAAAAAUAUUUUAGGUCCUGUCAACAGCUUAUUACACUCAAGUAUAUAUUACAAAUCCCAUCCCUGAGUGAGUUUCAUCCUUAUCACUUCCAACAAAGCCCAUAUUUUACAGGAAAAGAAUACAAUUUCCAGUGACGUUUCUUUCUCCCGUGCGUGUAAAUAUGUAUUGUGUUAUGUGUGACAUGUUUUAUGAUCCCUUUUCAUGUAAUGUUAUUUAUUUGGACCGUAUGAUCCUUGGCGGUAGUAUGACCUCAUUAGACACAUCAGAAAGCUUUGGGGAUUACAGUGUUUACAUAUUUCUGUAGAUAUUUAACUUUUGAACUGUAUGUUGCAGAUAGCUUAUUGAAACUGCCAGCAUUUGUUCAGUUGCAGCUAUGCUUGUUGUCUCUAAACCCUCAUUGUAUUCUCAUUCAUCUUUGUCAAUAUAAUUAUAGUAUAUAUUUCUCUACUAAAGCAUUAAUCUCAGCUAUGUUACCCUACAGCUACAGCUCUUAUUUUAUCUCAUGUAUUAUAAAUUAUAACCAAGAUUUGGGCAGAAGCAAAUGUAAUCUAAAAAUGUUUACUUCUUAUGUUACUAUGGAAUGUAGUUGGCUGAUAAAGUCACACCUGGGAAUGUAUGACCUUCUGUCUCCAUACUGAUACAGAAUCAGGCUGAUUGUUCAUGGUGACACAGAUAAAGCUUUGUAUUUUUGAUAAAGCAAGUACAGACGAGACAUCCAGCAAAUGUAUAACGAACUUUGGUUAUCAGUAAAUACAGGGUGAGAUAGGAAUAUAAGCUGUCUUCAAAUAUGUAUACCACUAUGGAGAGGUCAAAGGUUUUCUCUGCAAGCUGGGAUACUCCAAAGUCGAUGCUGAUUGUUCUGUUAUGCUGUGGGAGAAAUAGGAAAUAUACAGAAAAAAAUACCGGGCAGCAGUAAACUAAUGACAGGAAAAAAACUGAAAGGAAGAAAUUAUUAAAUGAAAAUAAGUCUAAUCAAAACAGGGUGAAAAACAUAUGAAACUGAUGUGAAAAUGUGUGCUUAGUGCGUGUCUUUAGUACAAUCACCUGACUACCAAUUCCUCCUGAAUUGUUAAAGGGAUUCUCCAAUGUCUGGAAAACAAACCCAUUUCCCUGGAACUAGAGAAUCCUGGAGUGCCCCCUCCCUCCCGCCCCUCAAUCCCACAUCGCUGAUGCCAGCCGUCGGGGGAGACCUAACGCACAUGCGCGGCAAUGGCCAAGCGUGCAUUAGACCUCCCCAUAGGAAAGCAUUAUUUAAUGCUUUCCUAUGGGGAAAAUCUGAUGCUGGAGGGCAGACUUAGAGCUGCAAUGUAAAUAUUGCAGUUCUCUGAAACUGCAAUGUUUUACAUUGCAGCACUAGGUGCAAAAGGGACACAGCACUCAAUUCGAUUAGCUGAAGUGGUCUGGGUGCCUACAGUGUCCAUUUAAGUAGAGAUCCAAGAUGAUGGUGUAAUUAUUUAGUCAGUCUAUCUCUCUAAAGAGGUAAUUUGCAGGUUAAAACAUAAGUAGGAAGUGAUUAAUUGCACAAAUUCUGAUGGUAGAGUCCUCAUUAGUCCUUCACUUGUACUUGCCAUUCCUCUGUCAAUCUUAAAUUAAAUCUAAAUAUAUGUGGCAAUUUAUUUUCAGAUUGUGUUGAGUAUACAUUGCAUGCCUCCCAGCAUUUCAAAAGGACAAAGAGAGACACUUUAAAUUUAUGGGUUUGAGUGGAGGAUUGGCCAGUGAGGGGUUUGAGAAAUUUUAGGUUAAAGGGACACUAUCGUCAUCCAGACCAUUUCAUCUCAUUGAAGUGGUCUGUGUGCAGUGUUCCUGUCCCCUUAGUUCUGCAAUGUAACAGAUUGCAGUUUCAGACAAUCCCUGGAUAUGGGGCUCUCUUGCUAGAUCACUACAACAGGAGUAGGGGACUGUGUAAUAUUAGUGUUAUUCUUCAAUUUUAAGUUUAUUUCAGGCAGCUGCUUUGAGAAGCAUCUACUUAUUGUAAAAAGAUUAGUUGUUUAAGUGCCUUCAGGUGACUGUCGAAUGCUAGGGAACAGAACAGUGCUGUACUCCCCUCUAUUAAGUUAGGUAGCAUGGCAGAAUCACUAGUCUAUGCUUGACUCCAGCAUGUGCUUGUUUCUGGCUAUGCUUUCAUCGAGGUCCCAGGGAGCAUCAGCAGAAUGCUAUUAACAGGUAGAAAGGAGGGUCAUAACAUAUCCCCACUUCUCUCUUAGUAUAGCGGUCAUCAAGUUUUCUUUUGGGUUUAAACCCUGAUGUUUCUGGAACCCUGCAGGUCCCGUGACAACUGUCAUGGUGUUGUGCAUUUUUUAAAAUAAAAUACAUAAUCAUGCCAUGCCCAACAGUUAUUGAGUUAUGAGUUUGUUUUUAAUAUCUUCUCUUUGAAUCUCACUGUUGUAUGUACAUUCAAUAUGUAACAGUUAAAAAUAAGAUAAUGUAGAAAUAAAUUUUUUUAAUAAAAAUAAAAAAACAUAUAUAUUUUUUAAAACUUUAUUUUUGGCACAUUGCGACAUAUGCAUGACAUUAUGCAUAUAGUUGGAGUCACAAAAUAAAUAAGGAACAAUGCUACAUACACAUAGCAGACAAUAAUAAAUAGAGAGUAAACAUGUUGAACUGUAAAAACACACACAAAAAAACCCCUAUACAAAAUAUACGCCAUGGAGAAUGUAUGAUAAGGUUCAUGGUUAUUGCCAAAAAACAAAACAAAGCAAACCGGAAACAGAGGAUAGAAUUAACAGCUCCUAAAAUAAAAAAGUACUUAUGAGAAAAGUAUACAGGAGCUAGAGAGGAAGGGGUUUGUCAGUAAAACAGGAAAAAGAAAAGCAACAGGUGGAGUAAAUUGGGCACACUACAAAGCAAGGUAAGGUUCAGCUUAGCAUAUUAGAUACUCAAGUCAAGUAACUUUGACCCUAGGAGCAGCGCCGGUGCAAGGAUUUUUGCCGCCCUAGGCAAAAGAAAGAUUCCCCCCCCCGGAACAUCGCAAUGCCCCACCCAUAUGAACUAAUGCCAAAAGCCUGCAGGGACAAACUAAAGACACCAGAACAACUUUAUUAAGCUGCAGUGGUUCUGGGGACUAUAGUGUCCAUUUAAUGUGAAGUAAAUUAGAGAUUAGUGUCACUAAUAAUAUACUAGAUUGCCUACUUACAAUCAGAUGAGGAUGGUGAUGGGCUCUGGCUGCAGUCUGGCUCCACUGGUCUGGUGUAGAACAGGAUCUCUGGAGGCUGUUUGUAACUGUGGUCACAAAAUUCAAUGUUCUGGGAGAACGGGAAGCAGCUCCAUUUUUUGGGGCCUCUUACAUAGCUCAAGGUCUGGGCCCCAGGGCCUGACGGUGAAUAUGCCCAUAAAGCCCACCCAUAAGUCCACCUACAUGUUCCACCCAUGAACUCACAGGGAGUAGAGUGUGUAGUGGAUGUGUUAUGUGUUACUGUAGAGGAUCUAAUGUGUGUGCUUACGGAAUGUAGUGUAUAGGGAUACCAGUUUGUGUAGGUGAUGCAGUGUGUUUGUGUGUAGUGGAAGCAGUGUGUUUUUGUGUAAGGGAUAGUAAGCAGUGAGUGUUUGUGUAUAAGGGAUGUAUUGUGUGUUUCUUGUUGUGUGUAAGGGAUGCAUUGUGUGAAUCUGUGUUUGUAUGCAUAAGGGAUGCAAAGUGUGUUUCUGUGUAUGUGUGUUUCUGUGGAUGCGGUGUGUGUGUCUGUAAGGGGUGCGUUGAGUGUGUGUAAGAGAUGCAUUGUGUUUUGCAUGUGUGUGUAAGGGAUGCAUUGUGUGUUUCUGUGUAUAUGUGCAAAGGAUGCAUUGUCUUUAUGUGUAAGGGUUGCAUUGUGUGUUUCUCUGUGUGUAAGGGAAGCAUGAUUUGUUUCUGUGUGUAUAGGGAUGCAUUGUGUGUGUGUGUGUGUGUUUGUGUGCACGUGGUGUGAAAGAGCUCCCUGUCCCCCUGUCCUAUAGAGCUCUCCCUUCCAUUCCUUUGAGAUCUCCCCUGCCCCUUAGUGGUCUCUCCUCUCCCCCCACCUCCCUUAGUGGUCUCCUUUCCUCCCCGACUUUCCAUUAGUGGUCUCUCCUCUCCCCCCACCCUCCCCUAGUGGUCUAUCCUCCACCCCCUCCCUCCUUUAGUGGUCUCUCCCUCCCCUACGUUCUCAUCCCCCAGCCCUCGUGUUCUCCUCUUCUCCCCCUGUGUUUUCCUCUUAUUCCCCCCCUGUUCUUCUCUUCUUCUCCUCCCUGUAAUCUUCUCUUCUUCUCCCCCCUCCCUGUAAUCUUCUCCCCCUGUAAUCGCUUCUUCUCCCCGUAAUCUUCUUCUUCUCCCCAUAAUCUUCUCUUCUUCUCCCCCUAAUCUUCUCCACUCCCCUCCCAUCAAUCUUCUCCCUCCCUCCCUCCUCCCUCCCUCCCUCCCUCCCAUCAGUCAUCCCCCCUCCCUCCCUCCCAAAUCAUCUCCCUCCCAUCAAUCAUCUCCCCCAUCAAUCUCCCCAUCAAUCAUCUCCCCAUCAAUCAUCUCCCCAUCAAUCAUCAUCUCCCCCUCCCAUCAAAUCAUCCCCAUCAAUCAUCUCCCUCCUCUCCAUCUCCCCAUCAAUCAUCUCCCCCAUCAAUCAUCUCCCCAUCAAUCUCCUCUCAUCUCCCUCCCAUCAAUCAUCAUCCCCCUCCCCUCCCAAUCUCCUCCCUCCCAUCAAUCAUCUCCCCCCCUCCCAUCAAUCAUCUCCCUCCCUCCCAUCAAUCAUCUCCUCCCAUCAAUCAUCUCCCCCCAUCAAUCAUCCAUCAAUCAUCUCCCAUCCAUCUCCCCCCUCCCUCCCAUCAGCUUCUCCUCACCUCCCCUGCCCUGUAGCAUGGCCGAGCUCCUUUCCGGUCCGCGACCCGGCCAGACUGACAGGAAGUGCUGCAGAAUUUAAAGGGCAGGCGAUGAAUAAAUAGAGUGAUUUGUGCUGGAUCCCAUGAGUGAGUGGUUGACCUCUUUAGUUCUGUGGUGGUUGAGAGAGAGUCUGGGCUGAGACCUAGUUUUCACAGGACAACAUCUUUUUCAGAUAUGUCAAACACUCGUAGCCGUCUGACGUUGUGUUUAAUGAUCAGUGAUCGUGGAAUACCCCAGCAGUAUCGCAGGCCACAAGAAAAAUGACAAAUAGCGUAAGAGGGUGACAGGAUCUCUUCCAGAGCCGAGUGGAUCAUAAUAAAUCUGAUAAAAAGUUAUGUUGAUCCCCUCAAACUUAUAGGGAGUUUUCCCUUUAAUAGUGCUUAAAAAUCCAGCUUGUCUUGACUAUUCUAGAACUUAACCAGGAGGUAGUUUGUUGCUGAGGUCGAAGUGCCUGAGGUUUUGGUAGGCAAAACAAGCCAUCUAGGUGUAUUCCCUUUACUUUUAUGGGGGGGGGGGUUAAUAAUUCCCCAAAAAGUCAACGUGGUAAAUGUGGCCAUUUGGCCAUGUCUACUUAUUAUCAUAUGUUUCCACCGUCAUUUAUAUUGAUGUCCUCCAGUAAUUGACAGAUCUCAGCAGAUAUAUUCUGGCAAAGAUUGGCCAGCACGAACUUAAAAAUGCCAAUGGUCACUUGGAAGGUUUCUCCAGUAACAGGAGGGGGGGGGAUCUUGGAGAAGACUUUUCAUAGGGUUCAUUAGCUGCUCAUCAGUUAAUUUUGGUUGGGCCUCGUUUCAACCUUUUAAAAACGAAUCCCCGUUAUCCACAGAAUUAUGGGGCUGAUUCGAUUUAUUUUUAUGUACCAUGGCUUUAGGACAUCUACAGGUAUGAGAACACGUUACAAAAUUCAAUAAUACAUACCCAAAGUUCAUCAACUAAAAAGAUUAGAAAUUAAGCACUGCCGCUAUGUGACUGUACCACUUGGGUGCUAUCUCUGCCUCCCAAAAGAAAUUGAAUAUUUAAUUGCAAGUUCAUCUUUUAUUAAUAAAGAAUUAACCUUUAUUGAAAUUCAAUGCAACCAGAUGCACUUUUGAAAAGGACGGAUCCACUGAAGCAUGCAUUAUUCAUACUUACUUAAUUAGAAUAUAUCCUAAGUAAAGACCAGAAAUACAUAUAAUGUACAGCAUGGUGGGGGUAAGAAUUAAAAAUUAAAUAAGGUAGGCACACUCAAUAUACAAUAUGGGGUUCUCACUCACAUAAGGCUUUAUCCCCAAAAGCCCAAAUACAUAUAAAUAACAAUGGAGGAAGGAGCACAACCAUCAAUAGUAAUAAAACAAUCUUUAUUAAGUGGGUAUACUCUAUAAAAAUAUCACAUCCAAAAUAUAGGAUCAUAUCACGCUAUACAGCAAUGAUCAGAACAUUUUUGAAUAUAUAUAUAUAUAUAUAUAUAUAUAUAUGUACGCCAAAAGCGUCUUAUGUGAAUAACAGAGUCUCAAUAUACAAAAAAUAGACAAAUGAAAUAACAGUCUAAUCCAACCCCACAAACAUAGACAUAAAUAUACAAAAAUAUAUAUAACAAUAAGCAUACCAGACCUAGUGAGAAGCAGGGACAGAGUCAGUCACAAAAACACCCCCAACAUUUCGGCAACAAUGCCUUUAUCAAGGGAGCAUGUUGAGAGAAACUAAAUUCUGUUCUUAUAUACCCAAAGUAAAAAAUAAACAUAGGAAAUACCUGAAAAAAAUGGGUGGCCACCCAUGAUGACUGGGAUCCUCCCAACCAUGAUACACCUGUUCAUGAUUGUCAAGGGAACCAGAAAGCCCUGACCUAUGUACAUAUCAAAAUGCAGGUUCACAAGUAAAAUACAUAAAGAAAAAUACUAGACAUACAAAUACAAAAUCAACAUAAAACAUGCAGGCAAGAUAUUAAGUAUACAUGUAGUGGACAUAUUAAUAGAAACAUAUUAUGAGAUAAACAAGAAUAUAAAUAUUACAUCAGUAUUAAUAUAAAGAUAUAAAGAUCAACUGUCCCAAAUGGUAUGGCAGUUUGAAAAGGAUGAAAAAAUAUGAAAAAAGAAACAAUCAAAAGUAAAUGUCACAAAAUGCCUAGUGCAGAGAUUUGAUCUACAAGCUUAAACUGAUGCAAAAAAGAAUGCAAACAUAGAUCUGAGGCGUGAGCAGCGUCAAGCGCUUCAAAAUCGCCGAACCCGGAAGUAAACUAAAUCUGGUGGAACGCACAUGCGUUGCAAUAUAAAAAAUAUGUCUGUUCGCAAAACAAUUUAAGGUACCAGCAUCUUAAAGUGACAGAGGGUCAUCAAAAUACAAAAAAAUCAAAACAAAUCUAAACCAAAUUAGACAAUCCAUACCCUGCACAGACAAUUGAAAAAUAUCUGUCAGAAACAAUACAACAUGUAUAAUGAUUAAAGGACCACUAUAGUGCCAGGAAAACAUACUCCUUUUUCCUGGCACUAUAGUGCCCUGAGGGUGCCCCCACCCUCAGGGUCCCCCUCCCGCCUGGGUCUGGGGAGAGGAAGGGGUUAAAACUUACCCUUUCUCCAGUGCCAGGCGGGGAGCUCUCCUCCUCCUCUCCGCCUCCUCUCCUCCCUUUCUUUGAAACUGCUAUGUUUAUUAAAAAAAGGGUUAACCCUAGCUGGACCUGGCACCCAGACCACUUCAUUAAGCUGAAGUGGUCUGGGUGCCUAGAGUGGUCCUUUAAGUAGACAUGAAUCUUCCAUCAUGUAGGUCCAUAAAAGGGACGAAAUUCAGGUGUAUAUUUCUGAGAGGAGUCCAAUCAUCGGAGGACCGCCCAGCAGUGAACAACCCAAAAAGGGAGACUAAACUGAAAAAAUAAAAAAUAAAAUCAAUGUCAAGAAUAGCAAAUACAGACAUUCACAGGCAAACAAAAAAAUAGAAGGAACCACAAAAAGAGGUCCCAAUAAGACAAAAAAGAAAAAUGAUGGACAUAGUCCAGAAAUGUAAGCAACUUAACCAAUUGUAUAUGACCAUAUUACCUGAAGGGAUUAAAAUCACAGUCUUCAUUCAACCCAUGUGAGAAUAAUGUAUCCAAUCGAUAAAUCCACCGUAGUUCCGCGCGUUUGAGCGAAUCUGCAAGGGAACAACCAAAAUGAGGAGUCUUGAUACGUUCUAUAGCCUGAAAACUUAGUUGUGCCACCGAAUGGCCAGUGUCAAUGAAAUGUUUGGCAAAGGAGAUAUGCCGUUUCUUAGUGCGAAUGGUACUUUUAUUUUCACCAAUACGUACAGUUAAAGAUCUGGACGUUUGGCCGAUGUAUCCCAGACCACAAGGACAUUUGAUGAAAUAAAUGACCUGGUCUGUUUGGCAAUUAAAAAACUCCUUGAUAGCAAAUGCUUUCCCUGUUCUGGGAUGUGUAAAUUCUGAACACGUGAUCACAUUAUUGCAGUUGGCACAAUGGCCACAUCGGCGCAUACCCUUAAUAGGUGCCAACCACGUAGUGGAUGGUUUAGAGGAUAUUCUGGCUCUGGAGGGCGAUACCAAGCUUUUAAUAUUCCUCGAUCUCUUAUAAGCCAUGAGUGGUCUCCCCUUGAAGAGAUCAGCAAUCUCCGGGUCACUCUGUAGAACAUGCCAGUUCUUGUUGAUUAUGUGUUUGACCAAACCAGAUUUGGUCGAAUAUGUAGUGACACAUGGAAUGCGGUUGGACUUGUUUCUCUUGUUCUUACCCUUGGUCCUCAGUAAUGAUGUCCUCUCCCGAUGUGUCGUUGUAAUCACGGGAACGAAAAUCUUCCAGCAUCUUCCUAGCCUCAGUAUCUAAGUUAGCUUCCUGGGAUAAGAAUUAAACAGAUAUCUAGAUUUUCUCUUUGACUUAAUAUGUUCUUCCAAUCUUUGCCAAAUUGAAGUCGAAGGGGUGACAAAAUGUCUUCCCUUCUUGUGUUUGGAUAAUGUUUUGCAAGUCUAUGAUAGUGAACUAUGGGGUUUGAGAGUUUUACUUGAAUACAUGUGAUGUGCAGUUCCAAGCCACUGUACUAAAUCACUUUAAAAGAUUUCUUAGUUUAAGAGUAAUACAUAUAUAUAUAUAUAUCCAUGUGCGGGAAGGAGGGGGAUUUUUCUUUGCUCUAGUUAACUAGAGAAGACAAGAAAAAACAAGAUCUGCACAUUAUAUAAAUGCUCUGAAUGCUCUCAGUAAGUUCUUUAAAAAGCAGAAACCAGAGAUAAUUAGAUAAUUGGGGAAAAGUGCUGCUAAUGUCAAGGUUACUUACCGGGUGAUUUGCUCUAACUGAUUUAUAGUAAAAAAUAUUGACUGGUUAGUACACAGCUCUAACACCUAUUAUCCUCCCUUUGAAUUCAUCCUUAUGGAUAUAUCAUCUUCUUUCAACUCUGUAUUAGCUGUGAAUGGGCAUUAGUGUCAAAUUAACUUCUUCCCUAUAGAUGUAAUAGGCUGAGCUGGUCUGUGUUAAAGCGUAGUUCAUGCCAUUACUAUUGCAAUGCCCUAUUAAGACAGCUGCACACUCUGCUAUUAAGGAGGAAUGACAGAACCAGUGUGUAUGCCUCACUGAACAGACUUGUUCAGACCAAAAUGCAGUAGCUUGAGUGGAAGAACUAGAAAUGGCAUUUCUGAUUUGGUUUCAGUUAAUUCAAACUAGUGAUCCUCUAUGGAAAAUGGUAAAAAACCAAAAAUUCUGUUCAUAGAGAACAACCUUGAAAUUUUUCCUUAUAUAUUUUAUACUUGAUUCUUCUUUCAGUCUUUCCUUAUUUACUCCUUUCCUUCUUUUCUUUUUUCUUUCUUUCUUUCUCUCUUUCUCUCUCUCUAUUUCUCUCUCUCUCUUUCUCUCUCUCUCAUGUAAUGAGGCAGCUGGGAUCAUAUGUCCCCACAUACUGCUUGGUUUUGUUAUGUCUUCGAUUGUUUGGGAGAAGUCACAGUUUUUAAUGGAUAUUUAAAAGCACCUCAUUAUUCAGUUGUCUGAAAGCUUUCACAGGAAAUAUGAGUUUACCAAUGAAACCCAUAAAUUAAGUAAUAUUCUAUGCGCGCGUAGACCAGUCUGAACAGCCAUUAGUCAUCAUACAGUGAAUUGGCAUCGACUUUUAAAUGACCCUUGGAACAUUCAUUAUGUCCUUACAUUAAAGCAUUACAUGUUAUAUACAUCACUAUAAAGAAUAUAUGCAGCAUAUGACAUUAUUUUAUGUUUAGUUAUAUUUUAUUUUAUUGUAUUUAGAAUGCUUUACUUACCUCUGCAGACAACAAACAUAAUUUGCCGCUAUUUUAACAUAGUAACUUAUUACUGUAAUGUUCUCCUUUGGACAGUAGUCUGUCUAUUUCGAUUGGAAACAUAUGCUCCCCAAACUCCGGCCCUCCAGAUGUUGCUGAACUACAAUCCCCAUGAUUCUAUGAAUUAAAUAGGCUGAGAAUCAUGGGAGUUGUAGUUCAGCAACAUCUGGAGGGCCGAAGUUUGGGGAAGCCUGCUUUAAAUGGUUCUUGGUGUAUCGGACAUCAUAGGUGCCCACCUCUAUGGGCCUUCAUAGAGUAUUUUAACUUAUUAAAGGUAGAAUGAAGGAAGUAUGUCUUGUAGUCACCAUUAAAAGUAUCAGGCCUGGCAAAGAUCUGUGCAUAAUAGAGUGCUGAUCUAUCCAUCAGCUAAUAUCCAGGUGUCCUUUAAAAACAGAUACAAAUAAUAUUUAAUAAUUUAUAUAAUUAGGUUAAUAUAGCAAAAUAAACAUACAGAUAAAAUAUAUAUUUUCAAUCGCUAGCAUUUUGUACUUACCUGAUUCAAGACAUUACUGUCAUGAUUUAGAUCUAUCCUUUCACAUUUUUAUUUACAGUGCUCUACAUUAUCAUAUAUUUAUAAUAUGACAGGCCUGUUUAGGUACUACCGUUACUUUCCCAGGUUUUUUUCGUGAACAUCUAAAAAAACAAACUCCAAACAUUUAGGCACUAGCAGUGAUGGCUGUAGAAUUUUAGAAGACUAAUAUUUGUCAAGCAAUUUUCUAUCAUUACAUAAACACAUAUGUUUGAGAUAUCAUAUCACUGUGUGAUCACUACUAACAUUUCAUUUAGGAUUAGUUACAUAGAUAAUUUGGCUGAAAAAGGAAAAAACGUCUUUCAAGUACAAAAUUUCAAAUUACUUGCCCCCAAAGCACAGAAAAGAAAAUAGCACAGUCAGUAAAAAAGAUAUAAACAUUUUUAGAUACAUAAAUGAGGAAAGGAAAGUAAAACAAGGAUUAGUUAGAUUAAAAACAAAUGAAGGAAUGUAUGUUGAAGAGGAUAAAGAGCAUGGCCCUCAUCUACGUAUUGUUCCUGUGUCUAAUUUUGUUGUAAAUUUCCCCCACUUUUAUAAUAUUGAAAAGUGCUGCGGAAUUAGUUGGAGCUAUAUAAAUACCAAUAAUAAUAGCUGACUGCCUCAAUGAAUAUUUUUGUUUGGGAUUUACAGCUGAAAAUGAAGGAAAGGGACCUCAGUUAGGAAAAAGGACAAAUGAGUCAUUUAUUACAUGUGAGUUUAAAGAGGAAGAGGUUCUAUUUCAACUCUCAAAAGUAAAGACAAAUAAGUCAAUGGGGCCUGAUGCAGUGGGCGUUUCCUCUGUGUUAUUUGUAGGUUUCACAGAUAAUUUUAUUGUUAUUUUCACAUAUUACAAUGUUGCUUGAGGUUAGUGCAUUAAUUUUCUUUCACUUUGUGUUUCCUAUAGUUUUGAGCCCCAGAAUAUGUUAUGUAUUUAUGUACAAUGUACAUGUUCAGAUUCCACUGUAAGGAUAUUGAUCAUACUUUGUUUUUCUUACAGGUGGGCGGCACAAAGACAGGAGUGGUUCGCUAUGUUGGAGAAACAGAUUUUGCAAAGGGAGAAUGGUGCGGAGUUGAGCUGGAUGAGCCUUUGGGCAAGAACGAUGGUGCAGUGGCAGGAACCAGGUAUGCCACACUCACAGUAUAUUUACUAUCUUUUUUUUUUUUAUAA